AUGGAAGAACGUGACUUUGAGAUGAAAAUUGGCUCUAAGGAGCCGCUCUUUCCGCGCGGUGCGUUCUGGGGACCGAGGUCGAGCCCGCCGCUGCCGCUGUCGCCUGAGGGAAGCGAGAAGAGGCCGCAAACGGGGAGAAAACGCGGAGUCGCCACUGGAGAGAAGUGGACUCCCCAGCAGCAGCCGCCGCCAGAGAGGCGCGUCCACCCGUUCGCCCGUCUCCCUGCCCCGUUCACAGUGCAGCCUGCUUCUGCAAAGUGGUACCAUCGAAGGGACUAUGUCUUCAUUGAAUUUUGUGUUGAAGACAGUAAGGAUGUUAAUGUAAAUUUUGAAAAAUCCAAACUUACGUUCAGGUGUCUCGGAGGAAGUGAUAAUUUUAAGCAUUUAAAUGGAAUUGAUCUUUUUCACUAUAUUGACCCAAAUGAUUCGGAGCUUAGUGUCGACUUCAAUAAUUGGGAAGACUGGGAAGAUGAUUCAGAUGAAGACAUGUCUAGUUUUGAUCGUUUCUCUGAGAUAAUGAACAACGUGGGUGGUGAUGAGGAUGUAGAUUUACCAGAAGUAGGUAGAGCAGAUGAUGAUUCACAAGACAGUGAUGAUGAAAAAAUGCCAGAUCUGGAGUAA